GUUUUUAUAUAUAUAUAUUAUAUUAAUUUUACACGGAGAAUUGGUAAAUUGAAGAGAGUUUGUAAUGGAAAACGAGAAACUGCAGCCGGCGCCGGAGAGAAUCGCCGAGGAGGAGGAGGAGGAGGAGAUGGAGAUGUUUUUCGCUUUGGUGAGGAAUUUCAAGGAAAUGCGUGAUCGGCGGAGGAAGGAGUUGAUGAUCGGGGAGGAGGAGGAAAUUGCGGCAGAGGAGAAGAGGAGGAAGAGGAUGAAGUCGGCGCCGGAAGCGGUGGAGAAUCGGUCGACUUGGAUUCCGAAGUUCGAGAGAGAGGAUUUCGAUGAGGAAUUUCAGGUGAGAGGACAGGGUUUCAUUCUUCCCAAUAAGCCUUAUAAUCUUGUUAAAGAAGACACCUCGGCGGCGGCGGCGUCCACGGCGGCGAUGAAGAAGAAAAAGAACGUCAAAAAUGGAGAUGAUUGUUUGGAUCUUAAUCUCGCUCUCUAGUUCUUCUUUAUUUAUUUUUUUUUUCCUAUUUAGCACCGAAGAAUUUAAUAUGGGGAAAUUUUGAUUUUGUUUUUGUUUUUUGUUUUUUUCUUUAACUUUAGAAAUAUCAAAUUCUCACCUAAUAUUUGUUAUAA